AUGGCUACCUUCACGUACGAUACCACCUCCCCUGGACCUGCCGACGGUUCUCCCUCGCCUCAGCUGCACACAGUGCAUCUCCUGGAAGCAUGCACUUCUGAUCCUCGGCCAGGCGAAGAGCCCCAGCACCUCCUUCCAAUGCCCAUGCCCGUGCCCCUCUUCCCUGCGUCCGGUGACCUCUCUAAGGAUGCAGCAAGUGAGGAGUUUGCUGGUUUUUCUGCCCUGCCAUCCACCGUCUCUGGUCUCGAUGACAUUAACUGGGACGAAUGGAUCCUGUUCGACUCCUCCCCGGUCGAUGUUACCCCACCAUCACUCCAACUGUCGGAUUUUUCCGACAACCCCAUCGAGGAGGCUCACCCAAGCCAAAGUGACGUUGCCGAUGACCCACCCAAUCGACGAGAGCCAACCCCUCCCCUAGCCUCAGACAAUCACGAAGGCAACACAUUAAAGGAGCCGUUGAAUUACUCUGAUAGUUCCAUCGAGGCUGACCCACGCCCAGGUGAGGAGUGCCACGUCUGA